AUGUCCGAGGAAGCCCCACUUUUAGGUUCGGAUAUUGAACUCACGUCAAGCGCCGUUUCUGCCGCCAACAACGCAGAAAUCCAGCCGCGAGUACGGUUUCAACAACCAGAGUCGACCGGUUCCACAAGUACACCGAGCGCACCUCAGUCGAGACUAAAGAAACAACCGUAUCCUCUAGCGAUUGUUACCGAACAACUUCCCAACAAUGCUUCUGGAAGUCGUUCUAAACCCACUGCACCGUUACGAACUACGAAAACUUCCCAAAAGUUAGUAUUACUCCCUGAAGAAGCUGAUGCACCUACGGCUAAUCUCAUCGAUGAUUUUUCUGACCACGCUGAAACGCCUGUCACCCCAUCAGCUUCGCAACCGUUUUCCGAUCAGCACGAUCGUACGGAUGCCGAACGGAUGGAUAAAGAGGUCAGAGAUAACGCAAAGUAUUCAAGGGUGACUGCUUACUGUUCCGCGGAAGGAUACUAUCUUGGGCUCCUCAUGGAAUUCCUGAAGAGAGAACACAAUGUUCAACCAAAACGAUACGAUGAAUGCGUUUACGCUCCAUAUCAUUUCCCAUUACUUCCCGGACGAAAUUCAAAGAUCGUAUCAUCAACAGCCGCAAGGUCACCGAAUGGUCACACGUUCAUAGAUCGACAAAUCGAGAACUUCGAGAAUGGUGACGGUUUAAAUCCCUAUUUUGUGACUGAUGGGAUAUUUGAUAAUGAUGAACAAGAUGUUGUUGCGUCAACGAAGACAAUGAAUAACAUCGCCGAAGUUUUUUACUUUGAUUACGGGGUCGUGGUGUUUUGGAAUUUUACGGAAGAACAAGAGUACAUGUGCCUCGAUGAUAUUGCUUCUGCCGGUGUAUCUGUUCGUCCGUUGAAGGUGGAUGAUGUUGAAAGCGAGACUUUUCAUUUUCAAUAUGACUUCGAUUCGACCAGGCAACCUAGGAUUUUUAAUGACAUGAUUACCUUGAAGACCGAUAAUCACAUGAUCAAGCUCACGAUUAGCCAUGCCCUGAGUCAAAGCACAAAGUUAAAUUUGUACGAAUGGCAAAUGGAGGAUACAAUUGAGAAGACCAGUCAUAUACCGAAGAUGCUGGCUCAAACAGGCACAUUGAAUUUGAACCGAACCCAGGUCACGAAGUUAACCGGGGAGAUGUUUAAACUGAGAAUGCAUGUCAAUCUUAUUUCUAAUGUCUUAGAUACCCCGGAGAUAUUUUGGUCAGAACCAUCUUUACAACCCCUGUACAAUGCUAUACGAGCUUACCUCGAAAUUUCUCAACGAGCUAAACUGCUUAAUGAACGAUGUAACGUAAUAAGUGAUCUACUUGACAUGUUACGUGAGGAUGUUGGUAAUACCAAUAUGACAAAGAUCACGUGGAUUAUCAUUUGGUUGAUCGUGGUUGCAGUUUUGGUUGCAAUAGGUGAAAUUGCUGUGAAAGCCUUAAAUAAAUAUAGUUAA